UAUUGAGCCUCAAAGUCCCGGUCUUCCUGUGACGCAAUCCGAUGAGUCAGGAACUUGCCCACAUGAAUCCUGGUGAAUUGGCGAUUCUGGAUUCCACUGGUCACUAUUUAGCGCACUUAUCUCAACGCGUUAAAUUUUGGAGAAUUUUUUACGUGGAGCUGAUAUUGUAUGUGCCGUGUUCGAGCGGUUGCUCUAGCGGUUACUCUCGAGCUUGUUGCAGGGUACUGACUAAUUGCAUCAACUUUGGGGUGAUCUCUGGGACGAAGUUCUUAGAUUGAAGAAUCUUCCUAAAAUCAUGGGAUGUGUCAUCUGGCGUUCUCAGUUCUCUACCAAAGGUUAAGUAUGCCGGCGUGGAUCCAGUUGAUAGGCUGCUCGCGGUAUUCAUCGCAAACCUAAUACUUGGGCGGUGCUCCGGCCAUUCUCUAUGCUUAUCCUUGACUAGGAUGGCUAACUGAGGAUUUAAAUCCCUGUUCUUCCUCUCCACUGGGUUCGUCUCUGGGUGAUAUGCAGGUGUGAAGGCAUAGUUGAUGUUCAUUGUGAAAGCAACCUGUUACUUGACGGCACUGACGAAUUGGGGUCCAUUGUCACUGAUCAUACGGCGAGAAAAACCGUAGCGAAAGAACACUUCGUUGAUCAGAGACAUGGCGCAAUUUUCUGCAGUGGCCUGUUGUAAGGCGAAGAGUUCCACCUAUCGCGUUGCCACAUCUUCCACGAUGAAAAUCCAGGUUUUACCAUCCAGAGAGGUUGGUAGUGGACCAAACAAAUCAAAGGAAAUGAUUACGAGCCUUUGAUUCAUUACAGUUGUUUGGAGCAAUCCCGCAGGCUUUUGAUUCGAUGAUUUGUAACACUGACACUCCAGGCAAUUCUUUGUGUAACUCUCAAUGUAUUUUCUCAUGCGAGUCCAGUAAUACCUUGUUGAGAUUCGGCGGUAGGUUUUACCUGGACCGUAAUGACCGGCCAAGGGAUUGUCGUGAUAAGCUGACAAUAUAGGAUCCUUACUAAAAGAAGUCUCGUCUAAAUUCUAGAUUUGUUCAGGUUUUUCUCGCAAAUGAAAUUUGUUUAGGGUAUCCUCCAAUAAGUCAAAAUAAGGAUAUAUUAUAUCCUGAUAUAUGAUAUGGUCUACAUACAUUUUUCCUAGAAAACUCGACAGGCUGAGGCUUCUUGACUGAUAAGCCGUGACUUUUCUAAAACAUGUAAAUUAUUUACCAGCGACUCUUCGACUUCAUGUGAUAAAAUUGUAUUUCUAAGUUCUCUCUCUCUUCAGUUAAGGUUUCAUUUUUGACUAACCGAGUUGUCUAUUGAAGUUACUCUGUAGAGUACGCAGUUUUGUUCUUUUUACGAACAUAAUUUCGAGGCAACGCCUCCCAUGUGAUUAUUAUAAUGCUUUAUAAGUUCUGGACAGUCCAAGCUUUUAUUUCCUUGCUGUACCUCUUUAUUUUUCCUACAGGGUAAGCAUCACCUUACGUACUGAUAAGACUGACCACCUUAUUGUCGUACCAUUUAACUAUUGCUAUCUUAUUGGUAUUUCCUUUUUAAAGAUUUAUCACUCAUCAGUAGUUUGUUACAACCUUUUAGCCUGUUUUGGCAUAUAGUGCCUAAACUAAAUAUACCACAUUCGUCUCUAAGGUAUAUUGCCAAAUCCAGAGUCGAGAAAUAAUUGUCAAAAUACACGACGCAGGCUCUCGUCUGUAUUGUCCUGCAUAAAGCAACGACAACUUUAGUUCCUAAGGUUAAGGUUUCUUCGGCUUGUGAAAACUAGAUAUAUCUAAUUGUGUCUUCACCUCCAUAAAGUAGAAAGUCAUAUACAAUUCCCGACAUGCCUGCUCGGACAAAGUGUUUGAAACCCCAUUUAUUUGAUAACACGUACGACUCUUGAACAAGAAACAUCUAGCUCCGCGUAAAAAUUGCUAUAAAUAGUAUAUUUUUGAGCUAAUCGCGUGUGAUCGUUAAAAAGUGAAAGUUAAAUACUCAACGCAUCAGCGACCGUGUGGGCAAAUCUGGAACUCAACAGGAUCAGGAAUAAAGAGCCAGACUCCUGGUACUCAGCAAUAAAACCCAGAAAGGUCAGUGUAAUCACCUCGUUCCGGCGAAACUGAACAUUGGUAUAGCCGCAUCACAACCUGCAGGCACUACUAAGGGCAAAGAGACUCUCUGUCCCUAAACAAACAUCAAAACAAAUAAUACCAUAUGUUUCGGUAACAAUAUCAACAAUUACAAAUCGCCGCAUCACCAAACGCACGAACGUGACCUUCAUUCAGGCACGCGCCGUCAGCACGUUCGUAGAUAUCAACAUAUUAAUCAAAGGCGAUAACAAUUGACUACUGCAAAACUGCUGACACAUCAAAUUCCGUUGCACACAAGAAUUGCGGCGCUAAGGGCUAAAUAUCCGACCCAUUGACAUAGACCGUAAAAACUGGUCGUCAACAAUUGGGAAAGGCAACAUCUGUUUGGCCCCGUGCGAGGAGGAGCGGACUUCACACUCAACGAACGAAACAUCAGGACCAAUCACACCAGUGGUUCUACACACGUCGGGCCGUGCGCGCUACAUCACCACACCCCGACCACUGCAGGACAUCAGCGGACCAGUCGGAUAGUAUCAUACUUCAUAGAUUAACAAUACUAACAAUAAUCCCUAGAAAAUAAACUAACAUAAUCUAUAAAAUACUAAUAUUAUACAACACUGUAACAAAGCAAACAUUCUGUUAGACUAGACUGCAUACACAUUCCCCCUCUUUUUUUUUUUUGUGUUUUACACAAAGACUAAAAAAAAAAAAAAUGUCUACCACUAGCAGCUCACGCGGUAAACGCUCAGCCGCCAUCACAAUCACAUCACCAUCUCCUGUAAAAAAAACAGUGACGAGCAUUCCGCGGUCCGGGUGUGCGUCACUGACGCGUACGCCAAAUCAUUUGAUGGCCAUGGCAGGGACGUCAUCCAUGAACGACGGAUCUACGACUCGCUCACCUUCCAGCCAAGCUGCAGAAGCAAUAAAAAAGGUAGAAAUCUGGGAACAGGCGGACAUCCUAUCAGACGACGAAGCCUGGGAAAUCGGAUCUCAGGAUGCGUCAGACUUGCAAGGAAGAAAGAGCAUGCUAACCACAGGCAGACAACGCUCGGGCAUUACCAUGGACCUGGCUAACAAAUAUGCCAACGAACAGCUGCAGCGGGGCAAAACAGCGCUGGAAUCUGCCGGGAACAUGAAGCGAGAAUUUAAAGUAACGGCAAUAGAGUGUCUUCAGUCCCUUUACGAAACUUGUCUCGCUCUUUCAGAUUCCAGGUCACGACACAUGCUAAACCUGGAGAAGGAAAGGUCUCGUCAUGCACGGGAAAUUAUUGCAAUCGAGAGGGCCCACAACAAAAAAAUUGCUGAGGUAACAAAAGAACUGACCUCAGAAAUAGCAUUGGCCCGAAACGAUUUAACAGAGAGCCUCAAAGAAAUAAAGGCUAUCCGUGCUUGGCUGGGCUAUGAGACAAUGGAACCGUACAAGAGGAUAGAAGACAUCGAAAGAACAACAAAAGAGAUUAAUGCAACUGUGACGAAACUAAACCUAAGUCACAAAUCGCCACAGAAAUCUCAAUCAGACCUCAAAUCUCUUGAAGAAAAACAGGCUAAGUUGCUCACGACAGUACAAACAUUGUCACAGCAACUAGACGAACUGCGCAGAUGUCAACACAAGGCCAUAGAAAAUACCACCACCCUCCAGAUAGUAAGCCAAGAGAUUAAUGAUAAGUUAGGUUCUCGUGAGCAAAAUGUUCCAGCAGAAAUAACAAACCAAAGCCAGCAAAAAAUUGAGGAAGACAUAGUCGAACUUAAAAAAACUAUGAACAUCAUAGCGGAACACAUUAAGGACGCCCCCACACUAUCGGCACAAGCUCCUCAAUUAGAACAAAAUCUUCAGCCUAUCACCGAGCGCCUGGAUGCAGUAUCGUCAGAACUGCGGACAAUGAGGCAGCUCAAAGAGCGAACGCCUCCCCCACCUGCACACAGCGUAUGUACGGAAAUGGCAUUGGUAGACAUUGUCAAACAAAUCCGUCAACCUACGUAUGCGCAGGUGGCAUCCAAACCACCUGUCCACAGACCAAACCACACCCUUAUAAUCAGUUCAACCGACCCCAAAAACACAGGGGACAAUGUAAUUGAAAAGAUAAGGGUUGCUCUGGACUGUAAAAAAACCGGAGCAAAAGUGGAAAAGGUGAGAAAGGCUAAGAACCAAAAGAUAGUUAUCAGCUGUAGCACCAAAGAAGACAUGAAGUUGGUCCAAAGCCAGGUCCAAAAAAAGGACGACCUCAAAGUGGAAGUUGCCAAAGCAAGUAACCCACUGCUCAGAAUAGCGGAUGUGCUGUCCUACCAUACUGACGCAGAGCUAGUAGAACUUAUUCUUGCCCAAAACAAACAUCUUCUGGGUGACGUCAGUAUGCAAGACAACAUCAUAAGGGUGAAGUACAGAAAAAAGGCACGAAACCCACAUGAGUGUCACCCUGUAUUGGAAUUGUCACCGGGUACUCACAAGCGAUUCCUGGAGGCCGGUAAAAUUUAUGUGGGAUUGCAGAGGAGACCAGUGUUCGACCAGUCCCCACUGGUCCAAUGCAACAAAUGCCUGGAAUACGGUCACACAAAAGCCGUUUGCCAGGCUAAAGAACAUCUCUGUAGCCACUGUGGAGACCCACAUACUUGGGAGAAAUGCCCAAAUAGGCUUUCGAACAAACCGCCGACGUGCAGGAAUUGCUUGAGGGCGCAGGGAGUUGGGCCGGAGACAACGCAUAAUGCCUUCAGCGAAGUCUGUCGAGAACGUCAAAAAUGGGAUGCUAUAGCACGCUCCCGCAUAUCAUACUGCUAA